GGUACAGCGAUCGCCUCCGCAAAGGAGCCACUACGCUGGAAGGCAACAACUCGAUCCCCAACCUGCAGAGAGAAGAAAACAGGAAUAUCGAAUGUACAUUUCCUAAAGACGGACGUGCCAGGAAGUGAUACUGCUGCACAAAAUCUUCCAGCAAUGUGUCCCCACUAGAUGGUCGUCAAAACGUCAGAAGGCAAAAUGACAAGACAACAAUGACUUUCUCUGACACUUUGACGGUCUUGGCUGUGUUUGUAGCAGCAUGGGGUGUUUACAGAUGCUUCAUUUUAGAGGAGAAGCUCUCGAACUGCUCAGCUAAAACAGCUUCAGAGACUCCAAGUUUCAGGGAGAAAACAGAUCCAGAGACAGUUCAGCAGACAGUCUUGGAAGGUGGAUCCUCUGUUUGGUGCGUUGGAUCAAGCAACACCAACAGAAUGUGUAGGUUUCACAACCUUUGCUUCUCUCCGAAACAUAAGGAGUUUGUCUUUCUGGAAGGCCCUCGAUCCAUCUCAUAUGGACUUCCUCGGAACCUCUUCGACCCAGCUUUGGUCGAUUUGUCUUCCGUCCCGAACCACAACAUCCAGUACUUCCACUACAGUAGUCUUCCUGUGUCAGCCCUGGAAAGAUUCAAGGAGGUCAAACUGUUUUCUGGGAAGCACGUCCUCAUGAAUCGCUUCAAACCAAAUAACGUAAUGCAUGUGUUUCAUGAUGACCUCCUGCCGGUAUUUCACACCAUGUUGCAGGCUGGAUUGAUGAACAAGACGGACUUCGCUCCAGCUGCUCAACUAGUUUUCCUGGAUGGAUUCCCUGAAGGAGACUUUAUGGAUCUCGUAAAGGUUCUGUUCCAUCAGCAACCGUUACUGAAAGGCGAUCUUGUAGAGGGUUUAGACCAAAGUUUGGUGUGCUUCGAGGAAGCACACGUUGGUUUAUCAAACGUAACAGUGUGGUACCAGUAUGGCUUCCAGGUCCCUCAGGGGCCAAUCCCGGAAUCCCUCCUCUCAGCAACCAAAGUGAAACUGUUCACGCAUUUUGUGCAUGAUCGGAUAGGAUUCAAAGGCUGUGAAGCUGUCGACAGCUACGCUGUCCUAAUCACAAGGAGAUCAACAAGACUGAUUCUGAAUGAGAUUGAGCUUGUGUCUGAAAUCGUCAAGAGAACAGGAAUGCGAGUCAUCACAGCUGGUCUUGAAGACUUCCCAGUAACACAUCUCAUCGAGAUUAUCUCAUGCGCUAAAGCCUUAAUUGGAAUGCACGGUUCUCUCUUGAUCCUCGCCAUGUUUCUACCCCCGGGGUCCAUUCUUCUGGAGUUGUUCCCUUACGCCAUCAACCCCGCCCAUUACACCCCUUACAGGAGGCUGGUUGAACUCCAAGGCAUGGGAAUCGUCUACAGGUGCAGGCGGAAUCUGAACCCCAGUCACGCUGUUGCACAUCCAGAUGCUCUACCUGCCUAUGGUGGCAUACACCACCUGAGUCUCGAAGAGCAGAAACAAAUUAUUGAAUCCACAGAAGUACCACAGCACCUGUGUUGCUCAAACCCAGAGUGGCUCUUCCGCAUAUACCAAGACACAAUUGUUAAUAUACCUUCCCUGCUAGAAGCACUCGCAAGUUGGCUUGGGGAAAGUGAACAGACAAGAAAGGUUACAAAAACCUUUAACUUAUUUCCCAGUGAAAUCCAAAACUUUAUAUGUGAUAGAGAGAACGGUUUGCACAUCUCAUGGGACCAACCUUGGAAUAUUGAAUAUAUGAAUACGCAUGAGGUCAAACACGAGGUCAAAUAUGAGGUUUGGAUACAGCAGUUACAUAGGGAUGACUAUGAAGCUUACAUAAUGCAGUUUACUGAUCAUGUUUUUACUGAGGGCAUUGAAGAAACCGAAAAGUAUAGAAUUUGGGUAAGGUGUUUAGUGGGAGACAUCCAGGGGCCUUUUACUGACGUUGUUUGUUGAGGGUUGCCAGUUCAAUAUUUGCAUGUGACAUUGAAACCCUCGGGUUUGUGCACUCAUGUAAUGACCAUUAAUAGGUUACCAUCACUUCCAUGAAUUCAUGUUAAUUUAUUUUGCUAUCAGACUUCGUACAUUAAAUUUGACAUCAUCAUUAUUGCAUCUAGAUUCAACUUUUGUUUAAAUAUACCAAUGUGAUUGUGUUGGCAGAUAAUAUGAGUGUUAUUUUUUGACACUUGCAAAGUGUUAUAAUAUUGUUAUUUAUGUGACACAAUGGUUUCAAUGUUAACACCCCAGUUUUUGCACUGACUGCGUUUCGAAACAAUGUUUGGUUUCAGAGGGAAACAAAUUUGGUUUCAGAAGGAAUGUUGAAAAACAUUUCAAUCUGAGAGACGUUUCUGCAUGAGGCGUUUCCCAGAUUGUGUGUAACUAUUCCAUUUACGGAUUUUUCAUCCUGGGACUUUUAAAACUCUAUCACCCUGUGAAAAUGUAAUUUGCACUGGUUGUCAUUAUUGUAUAUUUGCCUAUCUACACCUAUAAAGAAUUAAAAUAGUUCAACAGCUCAAAACAUAACAAAGUG